GUUGCUCUCUCUACACUCUUUGGCCUUCUACAUAUUCACUCACAGCCAAGUGUUACAUUCCUGCACUUUCUUUAUUUGUAAACCUUUCUCUCUCACUCUUUUUCCCUAAAACACCAAAAACCCACCAAAAAGCCCAAAAACCAGAUUGAAUUGAGAGAUGGAGAAUGUUGGGACUCAAGUGGUAGGUGCUUCAGGUUCGGGUUCUUUCUUCACGCCCCUUUUGAUUUCCAUGGCAGGCAUUGUCUUCACAACCCUAGCAAUAGUUGCGUACCAUUUCCUAGUCGUUAAGUAUUGCCUGCGGAGGAGGCAACGGCAGAUGCAACUGCAAUUCCAAGCCAGCCUCGCGCAACAACCAGCCACCAGCCAAUCCAUUGGGGUUGAUGAGAAAGUCUUGAAUACGAUUCCGAUUCUCACGUAUUCAACGAAAGAUGGUGAAAUUUUUCACAUGGAUCAGAGCGAGUGUGUGAUUUGCUUGGGAGACCUAGAAGACGGGGAUUUGGUGCGUUUGUUGCCGAGUUGCAAGCAUGUGUUUCACAAUCCAUGCAUAGAGACGUGGUUUAUGGGGCAUUCUAAUUGUCCGGUUUGUAGGUCAGCUAUAGAUGUGCCUAUUGUGCCUGUUUCGUCAACGUUGCCUGUGGAAUAUGAUCAUGAUCAUGAUGAACAAGUUAGAGACCGAGAACUUGAAGAAGCAGGCCCGGUUAGUUGCUUGUCGCACCCUCACGAUCCGGAGGAGGGUUUACCAAUUAGCACUGCUACCACUACUACUACAACAACUCAAUUAUCAAAACCAAAUGGUUUGCUUAGGCAUUGCGUGUCACUGGUGGUAUUGCCUAUGAAGGAUAGUAGUAAGCAACGGAUUUUGUUAAAGGGGUUGGAGAGGUCUUUGUCUUUGGAUCAUUCCCACGUUCUUAUCGAUAUAUACACAGAGAGUGAUGACAAGCCAUCAUCAUCAUCAUCAUCAUCAUCAUCAUCAUCAUCUUCUUCUUUUGAUUGUGCUUCUUCAAAGCCGGUUCUUACUAAUUGUGGAUCGUUGAAGGUGCGGUCGAUGAGGCAGCUUGAUCGAAUGUCUUCAGUUUUAGUAAAAUCUAUUUCUCAACUGCGGAUGAGCCAGAGUUUCAGCACGGACAAUGGCCAUGGAAAUCUGCCUUGUUAGAAAUAUUUCUAUUUGUGUGUUUUAUUUUUAUUUUUUAUUUUUCAGUUAAGGAGAGGGUCCAACUGUUAGCGGUAUAAACUCCCUCUGUGGGAGCAAGGGUUUCAUCAUAGGAUUUUUUUUAGUGACAAUAUUGUUAUUGUGUAAUCCUAAUUACAUUAGGAGUGUGAUCAAGGUUCUAAAAGACACUAGGUGCUAAACGAACGGCGAGCGCCUAAGCGGCUAGGUGGUGCCUAGGCGGAGGCUUAAGUGGAU